AUGGCGUUGAUGGGAAGCAGGCACGCCGGACCAACUCCAGCACCCCCCUGGGAGAGCUCUUUGACCACGGCCUGGACAGCUGGGCCUGUGUGUACUUUGUGGUCACCGUGUACUCCACCUUCGGCCGCGGCUCCACCGGCGUCAGCGUCUUCGUGCUCUACCUCCUGCUCUGGGUGGUCUUGUUUUCCUUCAUCCUCUCCCACUGGGAGAAGUAUAACACAGGGAUUCUCUUCCUGCCCUGGGGAUAUGACGUCAGCCAGGUGGUCUUUGAGCUGCCUGCUGGAGAAAGGCAGGGGUGGAGGGCAGAGCAGCGUGUUCCACCCAGCUUCAGGGGACUAUUAAAGCUGAAAUAGCCCUGGUGAGCUUCUCCCUGUAAUCCAGCAGCAGAUGGAUAAGGAAGAGUCCCUGAAUGACCCCUCCAGGGUCACUGCAACUUGUGUAAAACCUGUGCUGUGGUCACCUCGAGAGUUCAAGGCUGUGCCAGGGCAUCUCUCCUGCAGCUCUUGGUCAUAUUUUCC